AUGAUUAUCGAGCAACUUAAAGUUAAGAAAUCUGUAUUUGAUAACUCUAAUACUAAUGAAGCUACAGCCCAAGAGUUUAUUUCAGUCAUUUUGGUCAAUACAAUCUAUUUUUUCAAAAAAAAUAUUGAUAAUACAGCAAUGUUAAUGGUAGAAAAACAACUUUUAGAAAUUGACAGUUACAGACCUUUGGAUUAUUUA